AUGUCUGGGAACGCUCCAAACGAUUCUGAUAGUCUCUGCGACAUAUGCACCGAGGACAGGAAACCAGCACAGAAGACCUGCAUGAAAUGUGAGAUCUCCAUGUGUGUCGAGCACCUGCAAGCCCACCUGACCACACCCGUGUUGCUGCCGACUCACUCUCUGACUGAGCCCAUGUCUUUAGGUGAGGACUCCAAAUGCCCUCAGCAUGGUAAACUCCUGGAGUACUACUGCCUGGAAGACAUGAUCUUGUGUGUUUCCUGUGCUAUUGAGGACCAGCACUGCCUGCACAACAUGAAGACCUUCUCCACAGCCCACCAGGAGCUCAUGGAGAAGCUCAAAGCUGAGCAGCAGGUCUUGCUGGAGAAAAGCGAUGAUGACAACGUGAGUCUAGAAAAGUGGGAGCAGAGUGAGAGAGAGAAGCUGGGUCGCUGCAGCGUGCGUCUCAUUGAGGCUGUCACCAACCUGCGUGAUGUUUCUCUGAUCAGCAUCCAGAGCUCGGUCUCUGCUCGUAUGGUGCCCAUCAAAACCAGCAAGAGCAGCAUGCAGGCAGCCCAGAAGGAGAAGGACACCUUCAGGUUCCUGCAGAUGUUCUCUCAGGUGAACCAGGAUGUGGAGAAAGCCAAAGCUGUGGAUCUGAGGAAAGGCCUAGAGCCUGGAAGCCAUAGAGACAAACUGGUUGAAAAGAUAAGACAGAAAGGUGAGAAGAUGAUGAAGCAAAAAAUCCUCACAGGCAACUUGUUCUUGUGGAAGAGUUGUUGGUUCCCUUCCCACCACAGAGGUGCUGUGUGAACUUCUGCAAUGUUCUGUGAGAAGCCUGCAGCAACAUUCUAUCUAUUCAUUAGUUACAUUAUGUUUUGUUUAAUAAUCAUGCUAAUUUUACAUAUGUGGUUCUGUUUUAAUGCAUCAUGUGAGAUAAUCUGACAAAAAAUAAAUAAAUAAAUAAAUAAAGUCGAAGCAGGAAUGGGAACGCUCUUGCUGAAAGUUUCCUGACUUUUCCAACGGUGGAAAGAUCUCCAGGGACAAAUCAACCUGAUAUGUUUAGUGUUUUUCUAUCCAUCCAUCCAUUUUCUGAACCCGCUUGUCCAUGUAGGGUCCCGGGGUGUGUUUUUCUAAUCGAUGUGAAUCUCCUGUCCUGAUUGUGGCAUUCAUAAAGAACACAUUACAUUAGAAUAAUGACUUAAUUUUUAAUGUUAUAUAAUUGUCAUUUUGGUUUGAAUACAGACUAGGGCCGGGACUUUAACGUGUUAAUUAUGAUUAAUUAAUUAGAAAAAAAUGACGCGUAAAAAAAUUAACGCAUUUAAUCACAGCUUGCAUUUCGAGCAAGGCGGAACCUUUGUUAUUGCACGAUUUUCUCGUAGACCGAAUAUCACUGACGCUCACAACAAUGCACAGUGCUAAUGGCUACUAAAACGGAAUAAAAACAGAAAGAAGUUGCCUUGCGUGGACGGAUGCAGGAUUUAGGAAACACGUCCGCCUCUUUUCUUAACUUGGAAAAAAAGCUUCCAGACAACAACGGAGUCCGUGUCGCGGAUAUUUUUCAGAGAUCGUCUCUGCUGCAGCUGCCCGGUGGCACCGGAAACGUUACAAAAGUUGCGAUGUCAAGCUAGUAUAAUAGAGUUUCUGUGGGGAACUGAAGUCUGAUCACCUGGUCCGAUACCAACUUUGAUGAUGUCAGCGCCGGCGAGGAUCAGCUCCUCCACCAUCUCUCCAGUCACCACGUUUCCUGCCUGAGCAACACGAGAAUACAAAGGUUUCCAG